AUGGCAGCUGUUGCUGUGCCUCAUGAGCUCCCUACUCGACCCGACAUGGAGACAGCCCGUGAAGUGAGUGCCAAGAUGACCAAAGCACGAGCCAAAGCAAUGGUCCGAGAGUUGCUGAGUGGCUAUGCAGCGAAGAGUUUCCAGGCCAAACUCACUGAGAUUCUGGAGAAGGAGGCGACCACUGCUGAGGGUGGUGUCGUUGCAGAUGAAUCGCCUGCUCGUUGGGCAUGGGCUGAGAAUGUGCACAACGACAUCCUUGCGCAGUACGGCUUCGCGACUGGGCAUGGAAUGGAGUCCUUGACCCUGCCACUGGAGCUGAUCCUGAAGAGCUGCCCAGAUUGUCUGGGCAAUGUGAAGAAGAUCGGUGAGUAUUUGAAGCUGAAGACUUGGCCCAUCAGCGACACCGAUAGCAUUCCCAAGGCUGAAAAGGAUUGGCCCAUAAGUGACCAGAGCCCCAGUGUCUCGACCCUCGGCCGAACGCCGUCCCUGUCCAAGCCACGCGCUUUGGCAUUGCAGACAGAGCUGCUAGCGAUUUUCUCCACGCCCUGCUUUCAGAAGAAGCUGGCAGAGAUGUCACGGAAAUUGCCCCAUGACAGUGCCCUGCCGGAAUACAACAGAGAUGCGCUGUGCAAGCUGUUCGACGAUGCGCAGAUGGAAACAAUUGCAAGGUAUGGUUUUGAGACGUCAGAAAAGGGUGUGGAGGAUAUGUUUGUCGCCCUGGAGAAGCUGCACGAGGAUCCAGAUGUCUUUGUGAAUGCCUUUGCUAUUGAAGAAGCUCUGCAGAUGCACGAGAGCAAUGGCUACUGGACACUGUCCAGCAAGAAGGCAACCAAUGGCGGUGUGCUUGGCAUCAAACCGAGAACGAAGUUCACAGUUGCAAAACUGCUGCGCAAGCAGUUGGCUGGAUUCAGCACCCCAGGCUUUCAGCAUGCGAUUGUGAAGUUGAAGAGGAAGGCUGACUUGGAGCAGGCAUGCCAUGGAUACUAUCACCUCUCAGGCCGCGCAGACCUAGCACUGACAGUGCAACGGCGUAUUCUGCCAAACUUUGGAUUCCCAGCCUCUCGUGCUGGGGUCCUGGAGAUGGUCCUCCAUUGCACCAAGUUCCUGGAAGAUGAGGAGAUUGCGAAGCUCUGGGAUGACAUCAACUCCAAGCUGGGCAUGACACAUGAAGCCUGUCGCAGAUUUCGCGAGUCAGCGACCGGCUUCAAAGGAUCCGAUCGUCCCCGUGAGGCUGUUGAUGGUGCGAUUGUGGACUGCCUGGAGGGGCUUGACGAAACAAGUCCUGCAGAGCGCAAAGGAGAUUCCAAGGAUUGCAGAAUGCCAUUGGUAGAGCGUGGCACUUCCGAUUCGAAUCAGCAGCUUGGCUACUACGACCCACUAUGGAAGCAAGACUUGAGACAACAUGGUGACACUGAUUCUGCUGAUGGGGCCUGUGAAGCCGGUGGCAACCCUUGCGAGGAGGAACAGCCACACCCUUACCUGGGGAAUGCCACAUGUCGAACGUUGCUUCGCCAGACCUUGGCAGUGCUGACUGGAGAACAGCUUCAAAGUCAGACUGUCAUCCUGGCGCAAGCCGGUACCCUUGAUGACAAGACUGCGGAUUUGAGCAGAAAACACCCGAGGCAGAGAGAAGACGUACUAUUGGUCGAAGCCGAGUACUUUGGCAUGCGCAAUCUUUUGUCCUGGCCCCUGGCACGAGGGCAUGCGAAGGGUUGGGAAGCUGUUAUGCCUGUUAUGCUUGUUUGCAUCUCUCACACUGGGGUGGCACAAGAAUCGCGGGAUGCGGGGUCUCUCCGAGGCUCUUCAUGCUUGGGGCUGUUCUGUUUGGCAUCGGCCUGGGGCUUGGAGCAACCUGUGGCUGUUCACUGCGACUUCUUGAGGGAAGCAGUCUCCCAAGGUGAACUCUUCAAGCUUCGGGGUGUGCAAGUGCGCGAAUUGAAAGGACAUGCCAAUGCUUUGGCCACACAAUUGCAAAAGCCUACUCCAGGUGGGGAUGGUGAAACACUUCCACUCACGGCAGAUGCUUCUGAUCGCACGUCCCAGCCGGAGAAGAAACUGGAUGCCGCUGCGAAGGCCUUCAGUAAGAACGUGAGCGACACUGCAGGAACCUUGAUGCACACCCCUGCAUGGUACAAUUUCGGUCAGCUUGACUUCUGGAGGGUUGUGUGGGCCGCCACCUUCCAGCUUGCAGGGGCCGCCCUAUGGGUGCCAGCAUCGUUACCUGAACUGAUGCCAUGCCUUCAUGAGACGUCUACAUGGUCAGUGGCUGAUUGGAUGGUCUCUGAUGCGGUGGAUAAGUCUGAGAUCAUUUCCUUCGGAAGCAUUUGUGCCAAAUCCUCAGCUACUCAGAAGGCGCUGGUAUCGGUCCUGUGCCUCAUUUUUGCCGUCUUCUUGAUCCCAUACGAACUGCACAUGAAUUCGAUGCUCAACCCUUUCAACUGGCCUGUGAAGAUCCGAUUCCUGCAGGGGCUCUACCAGGCAGCUUCUGAGGAUCUGGCUGAGGACGGUUCUUCGCAUGGUGGAAAGACACACCUACCCGAGCAUUGGCUGCGUUUGAUCGUUGACGGAUGCUUCCUUGUGGUGGUUCUGACAGCUAUCUUCUUUGGAGAGCUUGGCGCUCCAUCCCUCUACAUCGAUCCGACCUCUGGAUGGUCCAAGGAAGCUUGGAAGUAUGACGUCCAGGUGAUGUCGAUUGAUCCCCCAUCCAUUUUUGAAGGCGAAGCAGAUGAGGUCAGUGCGAUUAAAGCCCUUAUUCAGAGGGACAAGAGCAUCAGAGAAACAUCUGACAGAAUGAGGCAAUGGUGCCGAGAUCGUUUCACGGCAGACAGAUGGCUUGAUGAGAACGAAAGGGAAUGGUACGCGUUGGACCGUCUCUGUCGUUCUCGACCGUGGGCAACAAACCGCACCAAGGCCUUUCCCUAUCCUUUUCGUGAAGCAUCUCAUCGCAUGAUGCAGAUUGAGGGCUCAUGGGUCGGCGGCUUGCGGCCAUCAGCAAGGGUCGCCAGGCGAGAGACGACUUGUGAGGUCAUCACGCAGAUCCACGUACCUCCAAUUUUCCCUCCUGAGCAUCGAGUGCUUCUCUUCUCCCCAGAAUUUGGAACAGAUCAGUCAUUCGAUGUUGACUUGUGGACUUACCUGGAGCCAGAAGACCAAGUGGAUCUUUCUGUUGUUUGCUGGCAGGGCUGGUCAGACUUCAACAUCAUGAUUGAGCAAGUUCUGCAUAAGGUGCUAGCCUUCGGGGAUGGUGUCAACACUGUUUGGUUUGGUCAAGGUAUGGGUGCAAUUGUUGCAUAUGAGCUGCUAAAGAUGAUUGAAAAGGAACGAAUACAGUCUCCAAAUCUACCCGUGGCCUUGGUUGUAUCUGAUUGCCCUGCUCCGCACCUGUUUGCCGCCACAUACCGUCCGUAUGCAGCUUCCAAUUGGACGGACCGGACUGCUCCAUACCCUCCGGCAGAGCAGAAAAGCAUUGGUGAGGUGGUCACAAUGAUGCGUUCCUACAGGUUCGUGCAUGAGAAGAGUGAGAAAGUCCUGGUCCCCAUCUUGGGAUGCUGCCAUGGAACUGCUCUGGCUGAUGUGCCAUCGGUGAAGGCAUGGGAGGCAUAUGGACAAAGUUUCAAGUUUGAGGAUUUGGGCCAAGUGGAGGAGCAUGAGUGGUAUCUGGAGGGAUUUGGUCCCAGCACCAAGCCUGAGCCAGCCCUGCUAAGUGCCAUCUCAGAGACCUGCAAAGAUUUUUGCAGAUGGAAUGAUGAAACUUAUCCGGACAUUGGGCCUUUAGAUGGUCCGAUUCCAGAGAAAGUGGAUUGCAUCAUCGUCGGUGCGGGCAUUGCAGGCAUUUACCAAGCCAAAGUCAUGGCGGAGACGGGCAAAUCGUUUGUUGUCUUUGACCGAUACCAUAAGAUUGGAGGCGUCUGGGAAUUUUAUGGCAACGACUGCUCCCGAGUGAACACUUCGGAGAUUGGCUAUCGAAUUCUUGAAAAGACAGGCAGUUGGGUGCGACCCAACGAAGAUCACACUCCUCGGCAGGGCAUCAUGCGAGACAUCUACGAUAUAGCUAGCAAGCAUGCCUAUGGCAAAAUCCGUUGCCGGAUGGAUGUGAAAAAGGUCGAGAAGCAAACCGACGGAACCUACUUGGUGCACGUGCAGUCGUUGGUUGACUCCGCGAAGCAUGUGCUGAAGACGACGGCAGUGAGCUUCCAGGUGAACCGGCGCAUUGGAAAAGGUCGCAAAGUCGACUGGAAGGACUCUGACAAGUUCAAAGGAACUAUUUGUUACGGUUAUGGAAAUGAGCCAUGUAAGCUGGACUUUUGGAACAAGCGAGUGCUUGUUGUUGGAGCCGGUGCCUAUGCCUUUGAGAAUGUUCGGACAUCCGUUGAGCAUGGCUGCAGACAUGUGACCUUGCUUGGCCGGCGUGAUGGGACAACAUGCCCCAAGUGGGUAGAUAUGUUGGCGUUCUUGCGGCCUUUGGAUGAAAAUCUGCAGACCAACAAGGCUGGCAAUAUGAUCAGCUUUGAGGUGUGGCAAAAGUGUUACAAGGAUGCUGGUGUCAGAACCCCAUCGUGCUGGGACGAAGGGCUAUUGAAGCCUCACAAUCACACAAUCUCAGUGUCAGAUCUUGCUUUCAUCGGCGGCUACCAUGGUUUGGUUGACCUGCGGGUGGGCGAAAUCGACAGAAUACGUGCGGAUGGCAAAGGUGCUGUCUUAAAAGAUGCGUCUGAGAUUGACUGCGACAUCAUCAUCAAAUGCACCGGCUUUCACCUGAAUGACGAGUUGCCCGAGGUAGUUGGCACAUCAAAGAUGCACUCCUACGGCCUGAUUGACUACAAUUUGAACUAUCAGGCGGAGCCUUUGCUCGACCAGGGCCAGUUUGGCAGCUCAAAGGCGACAGAUGCGGAUGCUGCAGAAACGCCGGCCUUGAAAGAGAUAUCAGAGCUGGUUCAGAAGCCGGAAUUUUUGAGGGGGCUUCAAGUCUACCGCGAGAGCCGCCUGGAUGAGGCCACUUCAAACCAGUGCAUGGCUUCGGAUGGCUUUGCAUGGCUUCGCAGUGAUGUGAAUUGUUGUGGUCAAGCCAAAUUGGCCAAAACAACACCGCCACUCUGGUCAGGACCUUACAGUGAAUCCGUGGGCUUUGUGGCGAAUUCAGGUAAGUGGCGCGCGAUCCCCUCGGUGCCAGAAGAGGCUGCCUAUGCUGCACAAGUACAAGACAUGUUGCUUGAGAUAGUCCACCAGGUUGCGGAUGUGGCGGGAGAGUCUUAUGAUCCGGAUCCCAAGAUGGAGGAGAACCUCCGUCAGGCGUCUCACACUCUACGACUGAAAGUAUAUGACGAGUACGAAAGUGCACUGGAGCGCCGAACCUUCUCGGAACGUGACUAUGCCGAAUUCGAAAUGCGCUCAGUCGAAAGGGAGAAUGAUACCUAUAGAGCAGGUGCCCAACCGCAGGAGUUCAUUGUCGACAACCGUUGGCUGAAAGCGCAGACGGAUGGUCUUGGCUAUCGCAACAGCCCAGACUUCCAGGAUCAAGAUGCAACACGGCCUGUUGCACCCUGGUACUCAACAGUAUACGGAUACGACCUGGAGAACGGUUGGGUGGAGGUGGAAGGUGGUGGUUACUUGCCAGCGUUUGUGGGGGACACCCCAGCUCCUUGGCUGAACCAAAGACUUACAGUCCAGGUCCACCCCAACAUCCACACACCUCUGGCAUAA